AAGACAUGACCUGUCAUGCUAUUGAUAUUGUGAUAUAUUUUGGAUACAUAUUAUUAACAUAUAUGUCCUCUUGUUUUCUUUUGCCAUAGACUGUGUAUAGCACAGUUGUUCAGUUAGGGAGGGAAAGCCACAGAGUGUACACAGUGUACACCAAGUCAAAUAAAUUUGCAUGAUGCCCAGCUGCAAUGGAAAUGUUUCCAUUCAAACCAGUUACAGUGAAAACAGGACUGAAUGUGUUGGGUUCAGACAAUAAUGAAAGGACCAGGUAGUGAAAGUGACAAGUGGAAAACAAGGGUCUUGUGAUGGCGUCAAGUCUGAGUCCCGGGUUUCAUGCAAUGAGUGAUCUGCUGACCAUCCGUGAGAAAGGUGUCCUCUUUACUCUGCUCGAACCUCAGUGUACGCUGAUCAAAUCUGCAGUAGCACAGGUUCUAGUGGCCACAGAGACUGAGGGUGAGACUCCAAGCUGGAGUUGUUUGGGUUGUGGUGCACUGUGUCUCAUUGAGGAUAAGUCCAUUCACACCCACUUCCUGCGUCUGUACUGUGUCAAGCAUGCCAAGUUUCUGUGGGAGCAGGAGCUUUACAUACCAUUCCAAUACACUGCAACUCGCACGUUCUUCCACACCUUCCCCGCAGAUGAACACCAGGUGGGCCUCAACUUUGCAGAUGAGAUCGAGGCAGAGGAAUUUCAUUUUGUGGUGGAGGUGGUCCAAAGAAACCAAGAAAAGACAACGGGGACGACAGAAAAAGAAAAGGCUGAAAAUGAAAUCAAGCCAACAAGUGAUUCUCCUGAUUCAGGAAUUGAGCCACUUGACCAUUUGGACGAGGAGCAACAAUCCCCCACAGAUUCACCAUCCAUAGGGACAACACCACCCAUCAGUUCAAACUUAAAGGAUCUGGAUCCUGCUAUGAGGAGGCUGUUGAUUCAGGCAAAACUCACUGAGGAAGACCUGAAAGACAAAGAUGUCACUGAGGCUGUCGACUACAUUAUCAACCAAUUCGGAGGACUUAAGGCUGUGCAGAGAGCGCUGAGGAAUAGAGGCCCAGUAUCUCAGACGUUGCCAAGAGCCGCAGGGGCAUCCAUCAGCCUUGUUCUAAACAAAGGGCCCUUGCCCCCCGUUCCCUCCAUCAAAGACAGCACCACCUCCCAGCAGACACCAUGGCACACAAACACACAACGCCAGAGUGAGAUUUCCUCUUGGAUUCCUCCUCCUCCAUCUACGCCUGCUCCAGUUCUUUCAGAGAGGAUCAGAAAGAGUGCGAGUUUCAAACACGUGGGCUCCUCGGCAGCUGGAGGCAGAGGUGACCUUAUCCUGAAAACACUGAGAGAAGUACUUACACAAAAACAGCAGCUCAAAGGAAGCACAAGUGAAGGUGGAAGUCAAAUGGAGCUGGACACUAACAGCGACAGGCAGCUUUAAACUAACUUUGGUUUUCUGUGUGUGACACACUCAUAAAAAAUGUGUAAUAAGGCUAAGAUGAUGCUUUUUUUCUCUUUUUCUCAUACAAGACCACAGCUGGAUUAACCUGUUAUGAGGCCCUGAUUGUCAAAAGUUACUGCUGUGCCCCACGUCUCAGUGUAUUGUGUUCAUAACCUGUUAAGUAAGCUUCAUUAUUUGCUCAGACCCCCCAAAGCCAACUAGUAGUCAUGCACUGAAAUGUCACAAAAGUGCAUUUUCCUUGUGUCCGUUUGUUUGUUCAAAACGUUAUUUACUCAGUUCAACUCAUUCCGACUUUAUUUAUUCCCUUUAUUUAUCCCUACAAGAUGACAAAUACAUAAAAGAAAUAAGUUAAUCAUGAAACACUGAUCAUCACAAACCUUAAA